AUGCCUGAGGAUCAGGAUGAGCUGCAUUACCAGGAUACUGACUCGGAUGUGCCGGAGCAGCGGGACGGCAGGUGCAAAGUCAAGUGGACGCAAGAAGAGGACGAGCAGCUGAAGAUGUUAGUAAGACAUUACGGGCAGAAUGACUGGAAGUUCCUGGCCAGUCACUUUCCUAACCGCAGCGAUCAGCAGUGUCAGUACCGGUGGCUGAGAGUGUUGAAUCCAGACUUGGUUAAGGGCCCUUGGACCAAAGAGGAGGACCAAAAGGUAAUUGAACUGGUUAAAAAAUAUGGCACCAAACAAUGGACCCUGAUAGCCAAGCACCUGAAAGGGCGGUUAGGGAAGCAGUGCCGGGAACGCUGGCAUAACCACCUGAACCCUGAGGUGAAGAAGUCCUCGUGGACAGAGGAGGAGGAUCGCAUCAUUUUUGAGGCCCACAAGGUCCUGGGGAAUCGUUGGGCAGAGAUUGCCAAGCUGCUGCCUGGGAGGACCGACAAUGCUGUGAAGAAUCACUGGAACUCCACCAUCAAGCGCAAGGUGGACACAGGAGGCUUCCUCAAUGAAACUAAGGAGUCCAAGUCGCUGUACUUGCUUGUGGAGGUGGAUGACAAGGAGAGCCAAAGUCAAACGAGAGCUGGGAGCCAGACCGUCCUGCCGAACUGGCCAGUCGAUAUCUCUGAAAUAAAGGAAGAGGAUGUCAGUGAUGAGGAAGUGACGGGUGUGCAGGAGUUACCCUCGGAGCUGCCAGCUGCUGAACUGGCAGAGCAUAACGCUGAGGGGACCCCAGAUGAUGCGCUGCCUGAGGAUGCCUCUUCAUUUGUCACAUCACCGUACAAAUGGGUCGUUGAAGCUGCCAACUAUUUGUACCCAACAUCUGUGCCAGCCUUCAAUGAAGCUCUGGACAUGAUUGAAUCCGACCCAGAUGGGUGGUGUGAUCUGACCCAGUUUGACCUGCCUGAGGAACCUUCUGCCGGCAGCAGCAGCAGCAGCAACAGCCCGGUGAGGCAAACCCCCAGCAAGCCAACGCCGUCCCUGCCCAAUGUGACCGAGUACCGCCUGGAUGGCCACACCAUCUCUGACCUGAGCAAGAGCAGCAAGGGGGAGCUCAUCCCCAUCUCUCCGCAUGCAGAGGUGAGCUUUGGCACGCCGCCCUCUGUGCUGAAGAGGCAGAAGAAGAGGAAGAUCUCCCUCUCCCCCGUCACGGAGAAUGCUGCCAGCACCAGCCUUUCCUUCCUUGACUCCUGCAACAGCAUGACGCCCAAGAGCACCCCUGUCAAGACACUGCCCUUCUCUCCAUCUCAGUUCUUAAACUUUUGGACCAAACAGGAUACACUAGAACUGGAGAACCCGUCACUGACCUCCACGCCUGUGUGCAGUCAGAAGGUGAUUGUCACCACUCCUCUGCACAGGGACAAGACCCCUCUGCUCCAGAAGAACUCAGCGUUUGUCACACCAGAUCAGAAGUACGUGGUGGACAACACUCCUCACACCCCCACACCUUUCAAAAAUGCCCUGGAGAAAUAUGGACCAAUUAGGCCUCUGCCCCAGACUCCUCACCUGGAAGAAGACUUGAAAGAGGUGCUCCGAAGUGAAGCUGGCAUCGAGCUUAUCAUAGAGGAUGAUGUGAAGCCUGAGAAACAGAAGAGGAAACAAGGGUUGCGCAGGAGUCCCAUCAAGAAGGUCCGGAAGUCUCUGGCCCUGGAUAUAGUAGAUGAAGAUACGACGCAAAAUAUGCCUGUCCUCCCCAAGACUGUCUGUUUCAAAAGAGCCCAGCCUGUGAAUUUCCUGUCGAGGUCCCUGAACCUUUCCUCCUCGAGCAGGAAGAACGACAGUGGCUUGCUCAACAGAGCCUUCGUGCAAGUUCAGCCAGAGAAAAUGUCCUACAGGAAAAUGCCGAGCCAUUUCAGACCACCAGCACCAAUGACCAGGGCUUGGAAAGCGGUGGCCUGUGGUGGAACCCGAGACCAACUCUUCAUGCAGGAGAAAGCUCGACAGUUUUUGGGGAUGUUGAAACAGAGUCACACGUCAAGGACCUUAAUCUUAUCAUGAAGGAUUGUUCUGCCUUUUUUUUUUUUUUUUUUAUUUUUACAAGGGGAGGGGGAACCACAGGAAACAAUAUCUUCUGCCAGGCCAUAGUGUGUGGGAGUGGAUUUCUUUCCUUCUGUUCCCAGGUAGAUCUAUAUUGUAAUAAAUUGGGCUAACUGCUGGCUAA